AUGGCGGAGGAUCCGAGCCAUAGCCAUCUUGGUGACCAUCAUGGCGCUCAUGCCAUGCACCAGAGCGGUCAUCACGAUCAUCACGACGAUGCAGCUUUCUUGGAGACCAACCGAAACCACUGGAACAAAUUCGCCGCAUCAUACAGCUCCGAGCCAUGGCAAAAAGACAUGCUCAACAAGAUCAACGCAUUCAUCUACGCGAACAUCAAUUGGAUCGGCGUAGACUUCGUCGAUUCCGCUACGACAUUUGAGGCUACAGAUCCUGCCCAGGUUAGGAAGGUCCGAGUACUGGACUAUGCAUGCGGUCCUGGCACCAUCACCUAUGCUCUCGGCAGCCACGCGACAGAGUACGUCGGCAUCGACCUCAGCGAGAACAUGGUGCAGGCCUACAAUUUACGAUUCAACCCUGCGAUAAAGGAUGCGAACAACGAGGACGAAUCUCUGAACGCUCAUGCAGAGAUAGGCAACCUCUUGACGACUGAGGAGCCACCCGCGGCGUUCUCAGGGCCCAAAUAUCACGACUUCGAUCUGGUAGUGGUGGGCCUGGGAUUCCACCAUUUCUCGGACGUCCGACUAGCGGCCAAGAGACUCGUCGAGAGGCUCCGACCUGGCGGUGUCUUCUUGAUCCUUGAUUUCGUGACGCACGCCAUGGAGGCAGAAGAGCAUCCGGACGUGAAGGCCUCCGCAAACACCGUUGCCCAUCACGGCUUCAGUGAGCAGGAACUAAGGGAGAUCUUCGCCGAAGCUGGCCUGAAGGAUUUCGCGCUCGGUCGCAUGGGCGACGAGGUAUACAUCAGGGGAAAGUCGAAGAGAGAGCCAUUCUUGGCCAGGGGUAGCAAGAUCUGA